AUGCAAGUCGAUGAUAGUGAUAAUAAUACGCAGAACAAUGAGGAAGACAUGGAUACCCUAUUGAUUGGAGAUUCACAAAUGGCACACAUGGAAAAAAAGCUAAAGAAUAAAAAAAUAGUAAAAAGAUCAUACGCUGGAGGCACUUUUCAAAGAUUGACACUAGAAAUAGAAAAGGAACAAAGAAAGUAUGAAAACAUUGUCAUAUAUGCAGGGACAAAUGAUAUAAUAAGAACGGACAAGGAAAUUGAGGAGGAUAUAAGGACAAUGAUAACUAAAGCAAGGGAAUUCAGUGAAAAUGUAUAUGUAUGUGGAAUUGUACCAUUUCAUGGAAGAAGGUCUGGAAAAUAUGGAUGUGAUCGAAUCAAUAAACAACUCGAAGCGGAAACAAUUGAACAAGAUAUUGUCUUCCUCCAGAGAACACAUUGUGCAUCAGAUGACGAGGCAAAUUCUUGGACAAAAGAAUGGGGAGGACAGUGCUUUUUGGACAGUAAGCUCAAAUUUAUCGUGUGGUGUGGCAAUUUUAUUUUCAAAUAAAAUGGAUUUGGAAUUAUUUUCAAAAGAAAUUGAUAGUA